UUAUUUAAUUUUCUUCAAGAAAUACAAAUUUCUUAGAGAAUCUUAAAAGCUCAAACACUUCAUUCUUCCGUUAGCUCAGCCUCUGUGAUGGGAAAGCAUAUCAAGAUAAAGAACAUUGAUGCUGAUGGCCAUAAUCAUCAACACAGUUUAUUUAUCUCAUCUUCCUCCUCCACUUCUUGCUCACCCACCAUUACUUCUUCCCUCUCCAAACACAAUUCAAAAACUCCUUCUUGGACUUGUAUUGCUAAAAAAGCUUCAAGAAAAGCAGAAGAUGAUGAAACCAGAUAUGAAGCUGACCAGAAACUACUCAAGGGUGAUGACAAUGUGAGACGCCCGCCCACCUACAGAGGAGUACGUAUGCGUAGUUGGGGCAAAUGGGUUUCUGAAAUAAGGGAACCAAGAAAAAAAUCCAGAAUAUGGCUUGGAACUUACCCUACUGCCGAAAUGGCAGCUCGAGCUCACGAUGUUGCCGCUCUAACUAUCAAAGGCCGCUCAGCUUUUCUCAAUUUCCCUGAAUUUGUCCAUCAACUUCCUCGCCCGCUCACCACCUCUCCCAAAGACAUCCAAGCUGCCGCCGCCAAAGCAGCCGCUCUCACAUUUCAAGACUCAGUGACCCCUUCAUGUACUCAAACUGAAGCCCGACCGAGCCAACCUCAGGUUCCUUCUGUUUCUCCUUCCAUUGAUAUCGAUGACGACACGUUGUUUGACCUGCCUGAUCUCUUCAUCAAUGGCGCCUCUGAUCGAAGCGACGAUGGAUUUUGCAAUUACUUAUCAUCAACAUGGCAACUUUGUGCAGUCGAUACAGGGUUCCGUCUUGACGAGCCAUUCUUGUGGGAGUAUCAGUAGAGAACCAGAAAAAAGAUUGAACCCUAGUUGGAAUCAUAUUUGGUUUGUCAAUUUCUACCUUUGUAAUAUUAUGAAAUAAUUUUCGAUCAUCAUCUGGCCGUAUAUAUACAUAGUAACUCAUUCCUUUUUACAA